AUGACGGACCAUUCGAAAUGGAAGUUCAACCACACAAUGCUGAGGGUGAAAGAUCCUCAGAAAUCUCUUGAAUACUAUAAACUUCUCGGGCUGAGUCUCGUCAACGAGCUCAGGUUCCCAGACAACAAAUUCGAUCUAUAUUUUCUGGCCUACGAUAGCCCCUCGUCCGCCUCCUCCGGAGCCCAUUGGACCGACCGCGAAGGUGUCCUUGAACUGACACACAAUUACGGCACCGAAUCUGACGACUCAUUCAGCAUCAACAACGGCAACAAAGAGCCGCACAAGGGUUUUGGGCACAUCUGUGUCAGUGUGGACAAUAUCCAGGCGGCAUGCCGACGUAUCGAAGAUGCCGGGUACCAGUUUCAGAAAAAGCUGACCGAUGGACGAAUGCGAAGUAUUGCUUUUGCUCUCGAUCCUGACGGAUACUGGGUUGAGAUCAUCGGGCAAAAGCCGGUGGAUGAGACCAAAGACAUUACCACCACAGACACUUCGUCCUAUCGAUUCAACCACAGCAUGAUUCGGGUGAAGGACCCAGGAAAAAGCUUGACGUUUUACCAGGAAGUGAUGGGCAUGAGUCUGAUGCGGACUUCUGAGCAGAAAGAGGCCGGUUUCACCUUGUACUUCCUCGGUUACCCAGGCACAUAUGCAAUCCCCAAGCCCGAAGACACUCCGAACGGAGUGAACCCUCUGGCCGGCAAGGAAGGGCUCCUGGAGUUGACGUGGAACUAUGGCACGGAGAAAGAGGAUGGCAAGGUGUACCACAAUGGCAAUGACCAGCCGCAAGGGUUCGGGCAUAUCUGCAUUAGCGUUGACGACCUUGACAAGGCGUGUCAAUUCAUGGAGGAGAAAAAGGUGAAUUGGAAGAAGCGUUUAACCGAUGGUAGGAUGAAGAAUGUUGCUUUUGUACUCGACCCAGACGAUUACUGGGUUGAAAUCAUCCAGAACGAAACGUUAAAGAAGACGACUAAUUGGUGA